CGAUCAACUGCCAGGAAUCUCCGAGGCUCCAUCUCGCGGGUAGAGUGGCCAAGUUCGAAGGCGAGCUCAACUAUCACCUGCCAGAGCGAUUCAGGACCCACGCCGAGCGAGUCAAUCUCGGGACGCGGCUGCUGGGCUCUCCUCUCCACACGGCCCGCCUGCUCAAUGUGCUCAUGGGUUUCUUCGACAAAAUCCCGCACUUAAGGGCCAAACAACGCAGCUUCGCUACCCACCCGCUCAAGCCAGUCAUCUCUACUAGUGACAGUUCAGGCGGCAAUGCUAUAGAAAACGGGCCGGGAAACGGUCAAGGAAACGGCCCAGACGGUCAAGGAAACGGCCCAGACGGUCAACGAAACGGCCCAGACGGUCAAGGAAACGGUGCAAAUGGUCAAGGAAGCGGCUCAAGUGUCUCAGAGGAGAGCGGCUCAGGCGAGUCAGACUGGGCAGUGCAGCUCCGCUGCCACGGCCCUCCCUGCCCCGCCUUCGGCUCAUGCACCGCCCGCUUCCCCAACGUGCAAGCCUGCUGGAACCCCCACCUCGUGGACGAACCCGAGGACGACAUUGCCCCCCCUAUAAACUGCCACGUUAGGCGCAACAGGACACGCCAGGAGAGGUGGCCGCUGUUCGACGAGACAUGCUCGCACAGGCAGGACUUCACGCCGCACGGGGCGACCACGCUGCAGAUGGUGCGGCUGGAGGACGUGUUUUUGACGGACAACGGGUUCAACCUCAACCGCUCGCACCUGUUUGUCAGAAACGGGUGCCCGCGCUUCUUGGGCGCG